AUGGGCAAGCAUUACUGCGACUACUGUGACGUGUUUCUGACGCACGACUCGACGUCAGUUCGCAAAGCGCACAACUGUGGGCGCAAUCACCUGCAGAAUGUGCGUGAGUACUAUGCAUCGCUGCCGCCUGCGGAGCUGCAGAUGAUGGCAGACACCAUCCUGAGGGAGUACCAGGCUCGUCAGCUGCCGCCGCCGAUGGAAUUGGUAGCUCCGCAGCUGGCGUACCGUCUGCCGCCGCCAUCGCACAUGCCCAAUGGGCGAGCGCCGUUCAUGGGCGGCAUGGCCCUGCGUCCGCCGCCGGGUAUGCCGCCGCCCGACUUUUCGCGCCCACCGCCUUCGCUGCCGCCCCCUGAUUUUUCCAAGCCGCCGCCGACGAUGCGCGGGGCGCCGCCAUGA